UUUUCCUCCCACCUUGCCACUCUAUCUCAGUGACAUUUCCACUCGUCCCCGGAUCUAAACUUGAGCACGUUUGUUAUCGGAGGUCCACGCGGGAAACAACGCGGGGUGGGAAAAGAAGAAGCGACUUCACACAGACAGGAUUCCGCCUAUAGUCACAUCCGUUGUUUGUCAUCCGGGAUAUCCCCUCCGUCUCCUUCUCCUCUCCAGCACCCUUUUGGAAACUAAUUUUUUUUUCACCCGACUUUCACUUCCAAGAGAGAAGACCGUUUAUCAUCGUGGGUGUUUUUUCCCCCCUUAUUAUUUUUCUUUCUCUGUGUGGGCCGCGGACAAACAGGCUGCAUAGUUUGGAUUUGACAGCGACAGGAUGCCCCAAAAAGAGUACCACAAUCAAGCCACGUGGGAAUCUGGCGUAGCUUCAAUGAUGCAAAACAAGGUGUAUGACAUCUGUGAUGAAGGUCACAGCGGCGUCAACCAGCUCGGUGGCGUGUUCGUCAACGGCAGACCGCUGCCCGACUCCACCAGGCAGAAAAUCGUAGAACUCGCCCACAGCGGUGCUCGACCCUGCGACAUCUCCAGGAUACUACAGACCCAUGAUGAAGUCCAAGUGGUGGACAGUGAAAAGGUGUCCAACGGCUGCGUGAGCAAAAUCUUGGGCCGCUACUAUGAGACGGGCUCCAUAAGACCGCGGGCCAUCGGCGGCAGCAAGCCUCGGGUCGCCACGCCGGAAGUGGUCGCCAAGAUCGCGCAGUACAAGCGGGAGUGUCCGUCCAUCUUCGCGUGGGAGAUCCGCGACCGGCUUUUAUCGGAGGGCAUCUGCACCAACGACAACAUACCCAGUGUGUCAUCGAUAAACCGAGUCCUCCGCAACCUGGCGAGUGAGAAGCAACAGAUGGGCGCAGAUGGCAUGUAUGACAAGCUGAGGAUGCUCAACGGUCAGACAGGAAGUUGGGGGACCCGGCCCGGCUGGUACCCCGGAACAUCGGUGCCGGGCCAGCCGAAUCAAGACGGGUGCCAGCCGCAAGACGGUGUCGGAGAAAACACAAACUCCAUCAGCUCGAACGGCGAGGACUCGGAGGAAACUCAGAUGCGCCUGCAGCUCAAGAGGAAGCUGCAAAGAAACCGCACCUCCUUCACACAGGAGCAGAUCGAGGCGCUGGAGAAAGAAUUUGAAAGAACUCAUUAUCCGGACGUGUUUGCACGAGAGAGACUAGCAGCCAAAAUUGAUCUUCCGGAAGCGAGAAUACAAGUGUGGUUCUCCAACAGGAGAGCAAAGUGGAGGCGGGAGGAGAAGCUUCGCAACCAGCGUCGACAGGCCAGCAACUCCUCCAGUCACAUUCCCAUCAGCAGCAGCUUCAGUACCAGCGUGUACCAGGCCAUCCCGCAGCCCACCACACCUGUGUCGUUCACCUCGGGGUCCAUGUUGGGCCGAGCCGACUCAGCCCUCACCAACACCUACAGCGCACUGCCCCCAAUGCCCAGCUUCACCAUGGCCAACAAUCUACCUAUGCAACCCAGCCAGACCUCCUCCUAUUCCUGCAUGCUGCCUACCAGUCCGCCUGUGAACGGGCGCAGCUACGAAACAUACACGCCCCCGCAUAUGCAGGCACAUAUGAACAGCCAAUCAAUGACCACUUCUGGUACCACCUCAACAGGACUCAUCUCUCCUGGAGUGUCUGUCCCAGUGCAAGUCCCAGGGAGCGAGCCUGACAUGUCUCAGUACUGGUCUAGACUACAGUAGGGAGAAGAGCUACUUCACCUUAUGAGCUCCAACGUGGACCUCCUCAUAUCCACACUCCACACGCACACACAUUCAGUAUACACAACAGAAGAGGAGGAUGCGGACUUGCGUUGUUGCACCGGGCACAUUCAAACGAGGACUAGGAUUAAAAAAACAAAACAAAAACAAACGGACCUCCGCAAAAGUGCCCGGUGUUACAUUUUUAUGGAACAACAGCAACAAAAAAAACUUGCAGUUUUUUUUUUUUUUUUUUACUAUUUCCAGUCAUUGUUUCCUAUUUUUCUUUCUGGUGUGUUAGAAAAUGGCCAUUUUGUAUGUGAAUAUGAACGAUCAAGUGCUGAUAGAUGGACUACUAGGAAACCAUGUUGUCGACACUCUGCCAUGACUAUCUUUUAAUGUGCUUAUAUCCAGACGCUCUGUGCAUGGACACUGUUGCAUAUCAUGAAUGGAGGGAAGACUCUGAAAAACUAUUUAUUGUCCCCACGAGGAAGAGGCUGCAGUCACACACACACACUUACACACACACACUCACACACACAGAUGGCUAUCUCAAGCGAUCCAACUGGGACCUCCGCCGCAUCCCGCGAGGACCAAUGUGGAACCCUGUAGUCUGUAAAUGGUAGACUGCGUCUUUGCUCUAAUUUUUUUUUGUUUCUUGUCCAAAUGUAAAGUACCUGUCUUCCCUCAAGAGAGAGAAAGAAAAAAAUCUCCAAUAAAAGUUGAUUUCAUUUAUAACCCCCUCCUUCUUCCCCUACCAAGAAUAUUCUAUCAAUGUUCCAUGCAUCAUAAAGUACAUUUCUUUAGGGUCAGGUACAAUUUGUCUCUUAGCUAUAGUUGUAAUAUAGUGUCCUAUGGUCAAAAAAAAUGUGUGCAACUAGAAAUAUUUAAUUCCUAUAAUUAUGAUUAAACAUUGCUUGACAGAGUUUUAAACUUAAGUGUUUGGCAGUUGUUUACAAGUACAUAUCAGAUGUAAUCAUUGUUGAUUGUAAAACAGACCAAAGCCUUUGUAUUUCAUCUAGUACACAAUGUUUUAUUUUUCAAGAUAUUAAGUCUUGUGUUGCAACAUUUUGUAAACACGUCUUGGGUUCGACGACAUCGGCUUCGAGUUUGUACGACUGCGGCGGAGCCCCGCGGUCCUUAUUUAUAAUUGAAGACCAUGGGAGUUUUUUUUUUCUCUCGCAUCAUCUGUCAUGCUCUUUUACUUUUGUUCUAUUUUAUUUUCAUGUCGGUGUGUAUGUAGAACAUGGACACAUAUGGGGUUUACGUCUGGGCAAAUGGAGAUAAAAAUGUCGACACACUGUCUCUUUAAAUAUUUCAAUUUAAUUUUAUUUAAAAUGGAGCUUUCUAAAUGUAUUUUGUGAAACUAUAAAAAACAUUUUGUACAGUAAAA